AUGAGUUAUGGGGAUCGGAAGGUCCUUUACUUGGAGUACAUGGUUGGCGAAUGGGUUUUUGUCGAAGGUUUCACCCAUGAAGGGUGUGAUGAGGUUCGGAAGCAUAUUGCCAAGGUGGCCUAUGAGUUAGCUUUGGCACCUGGUUUGUCAGGUGUUCAACUCGUAUUUCAUAUUUUGAUGCUCAAGAAGUACCAUUCGGAUGGUGCUCAUGUGAUUCAAUGGGUUUUAAUAUUGCUUGAUCUGAAUUUCACUUUUGAGGAAGAACCGUUAGCCAUUUUGGAUAGACCAGUUCGGAAGUUGAGAUCCAAAGAGAUUGUUUGA